AUGCUGUUCCGCGGAUUCGGCUUCCUGGCCUGUGUGGCUAUGGCUCCUGUGGCGCUGGCUGUCGACACUGACGUGGACCCGCACCUCGUCGCUCAGCUUCGCCUGGUCAACACCAACCUCGACCGCAUGAAUUUGCUCCCGAAUGACUCGGACUGGUUGUUUGACUUCACCAAGCAGGACAAGUACACCUUCUCGCCUGGAGGAGUGGUCAAUGCCAAUGCUGCUACAUUCCCGGCAACAGUUGGACAUGGCAUGACAAUGGCUAUGCUCAACCUAGGUCCCUGCUCCAUGCUCCCACCACACAUCCAUCCGCGCGCCACCAACUUUGUCGUCGCCAUCUCCGGGACCACUACGACGUACAUGGUUGCCGAGAACGGCGCCCGCACCGUGGCCGAGACCCUGUCACCGGGCCAGAUGACCAUCUUCCCGCAGGCGUCGGUGCACACCAUGAUCAACAUGGGCUGCGAGAAUGCGCAGUUGAUCUCGGCUCUGAACAGCGACGACAGCGGCACCACGAAUCUGGCCAACGCCUUCUUCUCCUUCCCGCAGAACAUCACGGGCACUAUCAUUGGCGGCGGGCUCAACGCGCAGGACAUCCUGAGCCGCGUCCCCCCGGUCGGCACGGGCAGUAACGCCGGACCACAGGCGUGCUUGGAGGCGUGCGCCAGGAAGGGCAAGAUGAUCAAGCGGGAGUGGAAGCCACGGGGUACCUCAGUUGGAUGA